AUGCCGUCGUUGAAAGCGCAACAACAGCCUACCGAUGGAUUAUCAAAUGGUAGUUCAAUGAUUAGCUCAUCGAGAAAGACAGGACAAUCGCAUGGUGCUGCUUUGCAACCGUCUCGCCCACCGCAAUUCCUUGUGCAUCCUCAAGCUGUGGCUGCUAAAGCCGGAGAGACUGUGACAUUUACGGCAAAGGUUAGCUUUACACCUUCGAUCUGAAU